GGCUGGGUGGGGGGAGGGAAGCCAGCCGGGCAAGGGGGGCGGCCAUCCCCUUGGGCUGGAUCCUAUAUAAGGAGGAGGGAUGUGCACGGAGUGGUCUGGGCUCCGCUGUUCCUCCUGUGGGCUUGGGGGAAGGGUGCAAAGAUGUGCAGGCUGGGCUCUGCCAAGCCUGGGUCCUGGGCCAGCUUCUGGGCCAUGCUGACCUUGGUGGGCCUGGUCACUCAUGCAGCCCAGAAAACUGAUGUCGGUGGGGAGUCAGCGGGCACCUCCAUCAACCACUCCCAGAUGCUGCUCCAGCGCCUGCAGGAACUGCUGCGGCAGGGCAAUGCCAGCGAUGUGGUGCUGCGGGUGCAGGCCAUGGGCACCGACGAGGUCCGAGUCUUCCACGCGCACCGCCUGCUGCUGGGACUGCACAGUGAGCAGUUCCGGGAGCUGCUGAGUAAUCAGAGCGAGGUGGUGUUGCAGGAGUCCCGGGACUGUGCUGCCGUCUUCGACAAGUUCAUCAGGUACCUCUACUGCGGUGAGCUGACCGUGCUGCUGGCGCAGGCCAUUCCCCUGCACCAGCUGGCCACCAAGUACCGCGUGGCCUCCUUGCAGCGGGGCGUGGCCGACUACAUGCGCGCGCACCUGGCGGGCGGCGCAGGCCCGGCGGUGGGCUGGUACCACUACGCAGUGAGCACCGGGGACGAGGCCCUGCGCCAGAGCUGCCUGCAGUUCCUGGCCUGGAACCUGUCGGCUGUGGCGGGGAGCGCCGAGUGGGGCGCCGUGAGCCCCGAGCUGCUGGCGCACCUGCUGCCGCGCUCGGACCUCGUGCUGCAGGACGAGCUGGAGCUCUUCCAGGCGCUGGAGGCGUGGCUGGGUCGCGCGCGGCCGCCACCGGCCGUGGCGGAGCGCGCGCUGCGCGCCAUCCGUUACCCCAUGAUUCCUCCGGCGCAGCUGUUCCAGCUGCAGGCGCGCUCGGCCGCCCUGGCACGCCAUGGUCCGGCGGUGGCCGACCUGCUCCUUCAGGCCUACCAGUUCCACGCCGCCUCGCCGCUGCACUACGCCAAGUUUUUCGACAUCAAUGGCAGCGCCUUCCUGCCCCGCAACUACCUCGCGCCCGCCUGGGGCACCCCGUGGGUCAUCAACAACCCGGCCCGCGACGAUCGCAGCACCAGCUUCCAGACGCAGCUGGGCCCAAGCGGCCACGACUCGGGCCGCCGGGUCACCUGGAACGUGCUCUUCUCGCCACGCUGGCUUCCGGUAAGCCUACGGCCCGUCUACGCGGACGCCACGGGCACCGCGCUGCCCCUUGCACGCCCCGAGGACGGCCGGCCGCGGCUGGUGGUCACGCCAGCCAGCAGCGGCGGCGACGCGGCGGGCGUGAGCUUCCAGAAGACCGUGCUGGUGGGGGCGCGCCACCACGGCCGCCUGCUGGUCCGCCACGCCUACAGCUUCCACCAGAGCAGCGAGGAGGCCGGCGACUUCCUAGCGCACGCCGACCUGCAGCGGCGCAACUCAGAGUACCUGGUGGAGAACGCCCUGCAUCUCCACCUCAUUGUCAAGCCCGUCUAUCACACCCUCAUCCGGACCCCCAAGUAGCCAAGCGGGCCGGGCUGGGAGCUCAGCAUCCCUGAUGCCUCUGGAUCAGCAAAGUAGAGGUGUCUAUCCUGGCCUGCUGGGUGACCAGGCGCUGGCGGCCUUAGAGCUGGGUGGUAGACCAGAUGCCUGGUUUCAGGAGCUGUUUUCACACUGACUUGAACAUGAGGUUCUUGGUGUUGUGUAUGUGUGUGCUCAGCUGUGUUUCAGUCUUUGCCACCUCAGGUACUGUAGCCGGGCGAGCUCCUCUGCCCAUGGAACUUUUCAGGCAAGAAUACUGGAAGGGGAUGCCAUUUCCUCCUGCAGAGGAUCUUCCCAACCCAGGAACUGAACCCAUGUCUCUUGCAUGUCCUGCAUUAGCAAGUGGAUUCUUUAUCACCAGCACUACGUGGGAAGCCAGUGCUCUUGGAAGAAUAAGCCAGUGCUAGGAGCGGCAAGGCGGUGAUUAAACCACCCAGUUCUGGGAGUAAAAACAGUCCAAGGAGGGCUCCACAGGGCAGAGACUUCCCAUUGUUCAUUAGCUUUUCCCCAAGGGCCCCCGUCCCCACAGAGGACAGGGCAGGUAAAAGCAUCGCGAUGGCCAGGUGCACCUUGGGGGAGCUUUCUCACCUGGAACUGAGGGGCUCAGCUGAGCAAUUUCUGAGCCCUGACUUCCUGGGGUGGGAGGGGUAAGCACAACCCUAAGUCUCUGACCUCUCCUGGGAGGAGGUCUGGGCAGAGACCUCAGAGUCCGGAGGAAAACCGCUUUCCCCCAGGAGUUUGUUGACUUGUGCUCUACAACCAGCAGGAGAGGAAGAGGGUGUGGUGGGAAGAGGGGACUUGGGUUGAAUCUUAACCAGUGAUGUGCUCAGUUGCUCAGGCGUGUCUGGCUCUUUGCAGCCCCAUGGACUAGAGCCC